CAGAAAGGCCACUCAUGGACUCUUCUCCCAGGUUCUCAAUUUGAGGUUGUGGAGAGAGGCUGCAGAUAGUCAGGGCCCCUGGGAGUGGAUGUGGAUGGAGAAGGAGCCUUGUCCUUUUAUAGCCAGGCCCACUAUGAGCCCUGACAAUGCUCCAGAGCCCGUCCCGGGACAAGAUGGGGGAGGGAUGGGGGAAGGGUGCGGUACCUCUAGGACAAGCGCGUGGGCUCCACUCAGCCACCGAGGCCCUUCCUGGGAGGCGCCUGUGGUCAGUGAACGGGCAGGGCUGGGUGUGUCCGACGGGGGUGGGUGGGAAAUUAGGGAAUAACGCGGCCCCGAGUUCCGGAGUUGGAAGAGCCCCGCGGACGUCCCCAGGCCACCCCCAAAAGCCACAUGUAUCGGAACAGAAGGGGACGCGGAUAUCACGCAGGGCCACGCGGUUGGCACCCCAAACUGGCGCCCGCAGAUAAUGAAGAGCUAUUUGACACUAGGGGCCAGUGUCUAGCGUGGUGCCCUCUGCCUUCUACAUAGCCUUCCAUGUAGUAGAUGCUUGGUGAGUAUUUGCGGUAUGAAUGAAUACUUGGGUGGAUGGAUGGACAGCCACACGGUAAGACUUAGCACGGUGUGACUUUGUAGCACGGUGUGACUUAAAUUUGUGUUUAGAAGGUGACUUUGAGGGUGGUGAGGGGAAGAUCGGAAGCCCAGUAGGAGGCUUUUGUGCUGACUCUGGGAAGAAAGUCUUGACCAAGCUGAUCUAGGAUGCUAGUGAGAGAUCUAAGAGGAAAGAGAUGGAUGUGAAGAAUACUUGGGAGUGGCUCGGUGCCUGAAGCUCAGUGGUUAGGGCUCCAGCCACAUACACCGGGGCUGGCGGGUUCAAACCUGGCCUGGGCCUGCUAAAAGCAACAAUGACAACUACAACGAAAAAAUAGCCAGGCAUUGUGGCAGGUGCCUGUAGUCCCAGCUACUUGUAAGGCUGAGGUAAAAGAAUUGCUUAAGCCCAAGAGUUUGAGUUUCUGUGAGCUGUGAUGGCACAGCACUCUACAGAGGGCCACAUAGUGAGACUCUGUCUCAAAAAAAAAAAUACUUAGGAGUUAUGGAUCUUGGUAAAUUAACAAGUGCAGUGGAUGAGGCUGAGGGAGGAAGCUGAAGGCCAGCUUCCAGGCAUGAGUGAUUGGGCAGGGGUAAUGCCUCCUCCAAGAACAAUUAGCGAAGAAAAUGAUGGCCCCAGGAGGGGCUUCACGGAGAGGUGAGGUGAAGGUGGUUAUGUCAACUUGCAGCAUGGGAGAAGUAUGGGGAGUCAUCAGAGUGUAAAUGGGGUUGAAACCAUGGAGGAGUCUCCAUCCCACAGAGAGUACAGGUAGAGUAAAAGCAGUGAACCACCUUUUACUGUGCGUGGGAGAGAUACCCACACACACAUUUUGAACCUUGCCUCGUGUGGUGGUAACUUGUGCGUGCAGCAUGCCUAUCUUAUGUGGUUGGGGGUCUUCUGAGGGUGGGAGCCAUUUCUUAUUUAUCUCUGAGUCCCCCACGUAUCUCCUGUUUUUGUGAACAUUGUCCCCAGAUACUUGUCCAGGGAAAGCUGCAGGUACUGGGCUGUUGGGCAAGCUGAUUUAUCUCGCUGGAUCUGUUUCCUUGUCUCUAAAAUGGGGGCAAUAACAGGGCUAUUUUGAAGAUUGGACAAGAGGACAGAAUUAAAAAGCUCUGUCAACUGUAAAAUAUUUUAUAAAUAAAAGCUGUCAGUAUUUGGACAGGUUCAGUCACCAUUUCUUAAGAGCCUGAAUCAGUCUGGAGCUCACCCAAGGGUUGUUUGUGUCCUGGUUCUGCCCACGAGGCUCUGCUGGGUCUUAAGUUCCCCUCUGGCUGCCUCUGCUCCUGUGCCUUGGAGGCCUGGGUAGGAUGCAUGCUCAGGAGCUGAACCCUAGGUCUUCCAGACUUUCCUAGUACCUUGCUACUCAGAGUGUGGCUCAUGGGCCAAUGACACACCUAUGGCCUGGGAGCUUUGUGAAAUGUAAAUUCUAGAGCCCCACCUAGGAUCCCAUGAAUCCGAAACUCUGAAGACGGUGGGUGGGGUCAGCAAUUUGUCUCAAAUUCUCCUGGGGAUUCUCAUGCACCUAGGUUCAAGAACCACUGCUCCAGAAUACCUCUUUUUGCUCCACGAUGAAUGUAAGCAAUGCUUAGUCUAAAUGUAGUAAAUGUCUGUUCUUUGUUCUGCAAGGUCAAAUAUUUCUGACUUAGGUUGUCACAGAAUUAGGUUACUGCUGGCCUCAGAAAGAGGAAGCUCCAAACUGUCACUCCACCCUACUCCACAUGUAUACACCCACCACUGGUAAACAACGGGUUGUAGGCCCCGUGACUGUCAAUGCAUUUCCAAGACCCGAUGGGUUGUGUUUUCGUGAUGGAUUCAUUUGCCCUGCUCUGAGGGGGCUGGUUCAUAUGAAUGGGGGUAGCUUUUCUGUGGAUUUCAGAAAACCAAAGUAAUUCUGAAAUAUGAAUGGUCUUGGAUAGGUGCCCCCAGGGCUCAGCUGGGGACCCGUGCUGCUGGGGACCUCCUCGUGUAUAAGCUGGUGGACCCUUUGGCCCCACAUGUGUGGGCUUGGAAUUCAGGGACAGGAGAGCAGGCAAGAGGAGGGCGAGUGGGGCCGAAUUAUGACUCACUGGGCUGUGCACAGAGUUUUGAGGUCACAGCCCUCAGUUGUUCCUGCUCCCCUCCUCCUCACCAUCAAAAAAUGAACAAAACUGAAAACAUCCUUGUGCACUGCUGGUGGAAAUGUACAGGGGUUGCAGCCACUAUGGAAAACGGUAUGGUGGUUCCUCAAAAAAUUAAAAAUAGGAUUGCCAUGUGAUCUAACAAUUCCAAUUCUGGAUAUUUACCCCAAAGAAUUGAAAGUGGGAACUUGAAUGGAUCUUUGCACUUCCGUGUCAUAGAUAACAGCAUUAUUUACAACAACAAAAGGUGCAAACAAUCCAAACAUCAAUUGACUAAUGGACAAACAAAACAGAAUAGAAUGUAACAUUCUCUAUAUGCAUAUAACAGAAUAUUAUUCAGCACUUAAAAGGCAGGAAAUUCUGACGCAUGCUAUAACAUAGAUGACCCUUGAAGACAUUAUACUCAGUGAACUAAGCCAGACACGAAAGGACAAGAACCGUAUGAUUCCAUUUAUAUGAAGUAGUGAGAUUCACAGAGACAGAAAGUAACAUGGUGGUUGCUAGGGACUGGGGAAUUAUUAUUUAAUGGGCAUAAAUUUUCAGUUGUGCAAGAUGAAGAGUCCUGGAGAUGGAUGGUGGUGAUAGUUGCACAACAGUGUGAAUGUAUUUAAUGCCACCCAACUGUACACUUAAAAAUGGUUAAAAUGGGGCGGCGCCUAUGGCUCAGUGAGUAGGGCGCCGGCCCCAUAUACCGAGGGUGGCGGGUUCAAACCCAGCCCCAGCCAAACUGCAACCAAAAAAUAGCCGGGCGUUGUGGCGGGCACCUGUAGUCCCAGCUACUCGGGAGGCUGAGGCAGGAGAAUCGCGAAAGCCCAAGAGCUGGAGGUUGCUGUGAGCCGUGUGACGCCACGGCACUCUACCAAGGGUGGUAAAGUGAGACUCUGUCUCUACCAAAAAAAAAAAAUGGUUAAAAUGGUAAAUUUUAUAGUAUGUACAUUUUACCACCAUAAAGAAUAAUUGGAAGAACAACCAUCACUGAGAUUCUAGACCGGUGCCCGGAGAGGACAGGGAAGGUGACACUGAACAGGAGUCCAUGUUUUCUGGGAACUGGGAGUUGGGAAGUGAGUCCCAGGUGGGGAACUGCAGGUGGCAGGGAGGUGGGGUGCACAGCAGUGCCGAGGCUUGCCUCCGUGGGCUGGCUUAGAGGAAGACAUUUCCCCUUUUGAACCUCAGCGUCCUCAUCUGGAAAAUGGGAAGUGCCACUCACCUAUUCAUUCAAGAAGUAUUCAUUGAGGGCCUACUGUGUGCCAGGCACUGUGCAAGCUUCUGAGGAGACAGCAGCAAACAGGUGGUGAAGGCCAGUGCCCCAGUGGACUUUACAUUGUAGUGGAGGAGACAGACCAUCAAUGAGCAGGCAAAGAAAUAAACGAGAAAAAUAUCAGAUACUGAAUGGAGCUCUGAAGAGCAAUCACAUAAGAUGAUGUGGGAUGGGCAGGGAAGGCCUUUCCAGGAGGUGCCAUUUAAGCUGAGAUCUGGCAGAAAAGGAGCCGGUUCUGUGCUGGGGUGGGGUAGGGUGAAGGGCAGGGAGAAGAACUUUAAGAAGAGGUGACAGCUGAUGCAAAGGCCUACGGCAGGAUCAAGGUUGGGUGACUGAGGCAGGGAAAGCUGGCCAGGGUGGGUGGUAUGUUGUGGUGGAAGGCAGGGCAGGGGGAGCUGGAGCCAGAUCACGCUGGGCCUUGUAGGCCUGGUGAGGUGUUUGGAUUUUUAUUCUAUGUGUGAUAAGGAAUUGUCUUGGAGGGUUUAAAGCAAGGACGAAGAGGGCCUGGUUUGCAUUUUACAAUGAUUGCCGUGGCUGCCAUGUGAUGAAGGCCAGAGUGGGAGAGCUAGAGUGGGGACGGGGAGGAGACAGAGCUGAGGGGGGAGAGGAGAGUGGGGACUGGAGGACUUGAGGAAGAGAGCUUGGUGUGGGGAUGUCACUGGUAGGAGGGGGCUAUGGAGGGGGUACAGGAAGUUGGUGUCUGGGUAAGAGAAGGGAGCAGCUUUGGCCCAGACCCAUCUCUUGUCCAUUUCAGAGGCACUUAUGAAAGCUAUGGUCCCUUUUCCUAGGACAAAUGCACAGAUGUAUAUAUUUACAUUGAGUGUGUGAUUUCAGAGAAACUCCUACAAAUUUCUCUUCCAUGAACCCCAGGACCGGGACCAAGGACCGGGACCAAGCCCCUGCCCAACACACCGUGCCAGCUUCCCUGGCUCUGGGAGCCACUGGGCAAGGCAGAGGCAGGAGGGAGGCUACAGAGGAAGAGGCCAUGGCCAGCAACCUGAUGAAAUGUUGUCACAGACUCUGAAGGGACUUCCAAGUCCCAGAGUCCCGACUUGAGUCUGGUCAAGAGCGAGCACAGCGCAGGGUUGAUCUGAGGAUCCUGGGAAACGGCUUCAUUCAGAUCACACACGCUCAGAAUUCGCAACUACGUAGACUAUGCAUUUUCAACAGGGGUGAAAAUCGGUUCUGCCUGGGGUGGGGUGAAAAAUUUUUAGAUACUACAGUGAUUUCUGACCCUCCAAAGGACUAUGGUACAAAAGCAGUAGAUUUGAGAUACCAACCAUCAGGGGUGAGGAAGGAGUGGUUCGGGGAAAAAAAUGUGUCAAAAGGUUCCUUAACGUAGUGAUAAUGAAAAAGGGUUGAAAAGUACUGAUUGCAAUACAGUGAGGUUUUUCAUCUGAGAGAGAAGUGUUAAAUCAAUAGAGGGGCCCCGGCUUUUCAUUUUGAUAUAUUAAUUUAUAAGAUAGGCUUACAACGAAACAUUUUAUUCUCUCUUGCGUAAGUUGUUUGUAUAUCUGGAGUCUUCUCUGUUAAAUUCUCGACAACAGGAACUUUUCACUAAUUCGAAUGGAUUACGGUUUUUUUACUUCCCUCCAUGCAUUUUUCACAUCCAUCUGUCCAUGUGGCCCAGAUACUGACCUCCCAGGGCAGGUAUGUUUUAUUUCCAUGUUAUAGGUGAGGAAACGGAGGCUCAGACAAGGUAAGUGACUCACACAGCCUGCACAUCACUUGGGGCCUAGGACAGAGCCUUUUACAAGGUUCAGGAAGGAGUGGAGAGGUCAGGCUUGUGAAUGGGCACCCGGGAACCCAGGGAGUGCCCGGUAAGCUGGGCUUUGCUUCCUUGCAGAGCACAGAAGGAUGUGGACGAUGCUGCCUGGAAGGGACCCCCAGGAGCAGCUGUGGCUUCAGUGUUAACAGACGAAUUCAUCCAUUCAAGUAGAGUGAAUGCGGAUGAGGCCCGCUGCCGUAGACCAGGGUGGCUGGUGCCUUUGCUGUCUUGUGUAGAACUGAUCUUUACCUUGAGCCUUCCCUGAAGCACUGGGCUCAGGAUGGGCUUAUUGCUCGUAUGAACCCAUGGCCUUAUGGCAGCAUUGAGGGACCCAGAAAAUAUAUAAGGGACAGAGGAUGAAUAAGGGGAGCCAGGCAGGGGGAUGAGGAGAUAUAAAUCCCAUUGAGGAUAUCCAACCCACUCAGAUAUUCUAGUUGAGUUGGAAUUAUUUGGCCACUAUAUCUUCUCCUAAAUUAACACAUUGUGGACUGGUCACAAGUGACCCAGUAAUAUAGUUUCUGCGUAAAAUUCUGGCAAUUUUAAUAAUUAAUACCUUGUUUAAUACCUAAUAACAAGGUAUUAACAUAGCAGCUGUUCCUGACUCAUUUCUCCCAGUUGUCCCCAAUUCAGCCUAUUUUAUACUUUCCUCAUCUCUCAGCUGCUUAUAAUAUAGAAUCACUAACAUUUUAACAUAUAUUGACUGGCAAUUUUAUGCAGAAACUUGUACCAGUCAGCAAUGUGUUAAGUAAGUAAAGGAUUUAGAACAGUGUCUGGCACAGAGUAGGUGCUAUGUAGAUGUUGGCUACUAUUGUUCUAAGGCUUUCCUGCCUUUGGAUUUCAGGGGCUUAUCCCCCACCAGUGACGCCCAGGCCUUGGUAGGGCCCGAACCACCUCCAGACAGGAUGGCAGUGGAGAGAGACUGGCUUAGUCCUGGAGCCCAUGAGGCCUGAGGCCCUGUCUGGCCCAAAGAUGGGGAACAGCACUGCAGACAACGAUUCGCUGAACUGCACCAUUGACCACACCAUCCACCAGACGCUGGCCCCAGUGGUCUACGUCACAGUGCUGGUGGUGGGUUUCCCAGCCAACUGCCUGUCCCUCUACUUCGGCUACCUGCAGAUCAAGGCCCGCAACGAGCUGGGUGUGUACCUGUGCAACCUGACGGUGGCCGACCUCUUCUACAUCUGCUCGCUCCCCUUCUGGCUGCAGUAUGUGCUGCAGCACGACAACUGGUCAUAUGGGGACCUGUCCUGCCAGGUGUGUGGCAUCCUCCUCUACGAGAACAUCUACAUCAGUGUGGGCUUCCUGUGCUGCAUCUCCAUCGACCGCUACCUGGCCGUGGCCCACCCCUUCCGCUUCCACCAGUUCCGGACCCUGAAGGCGGCUGUGGCUGUCAGCACGGUCAUCUGGGCUAAGGAGCUGCUGGCCAGCGUCUACUUCCUCAUGCACAAGGAGGUCGUCAAGGACGGGAACCAGCACCGUGUCUGCUUCGAGCACUACCCCAUACAGGCAUGGCAGCGCAGCAUCAACUACUACCGCUUCCUGGUGGGCUUCCUCUUCCCCAUCUGCCUGCUGCUGGCAUCCUACCAGGGCAUCCUGCGGGCCGUGCGCCGGAGCCAUGGCACCCAGAAGAGCCGCAAGGACCAGAUCCAGCGGCUGGUGCUCAGCACCGUGGUCAUCUUCCUGGCCUGCUUCCUGCCCUACCACGUGCUGCUGCUGGUGCGCAGCCUCUGGGAGUCCACCUGCGACUUCGCCAAGGGCAUCUUCAACGCCUACCACUUCUCCCUGCUGCUCACUAGCUUCAACUGUGUGGCUGACCCCGUGCUGUACUGCUUCGUCAGCGAGACCACCCACAGGGACCUGGCGCGCCUCCGUGGGGCCUGCCUAGCCUUCCUCACCUGCUCCAGGAUGGGCCAGGCCCGAGAGGCCUGUCCACUGGGCGCACCUGAAGCCUCGGGCAAGAGCGGGGCCCAGGGCGAUGAGCCCGAGCUGUUAACUAAGCUCCACACAGCCUUCCAGCCCUCUAGCUCGCCUGCAGGAGGGGUGUCCCUCACAGGUGUCUCCGCCUAGCCUGGAUCCCUCACUCCAGGGCCAGGGGAGGACUGAGCCUGCAGGUGCUGGCCCAGAACCCUGAGCUUGCUGGUCAGCUGCGCUGCUUCAUCCCCACAGGUGCCUCUUUGUGCGGGAGGGAAUCAUGGGCCCAGGCCUCAGUGAGGCCUCCCCAGCUCUUGGAAACCUGUUCUUCUUGCUGAGCCCAGUGCGUCUGUGGAGGGGAGAUAAACCCCUGGGCUCAGGGUAGGCUCUGCUGCGGGCUGGGAUGUGCCCAGGCUGAGGCUCCUAGGAGGAGGAAGACUGAGGUUCCAGGAGGUUUUCAAGGGCAGCAAGGGAGGGGGCUGUGGAGUGGGAGGGGAUAGCGUGGGGGAUCAGGAGGUGAGGUGGGCAUCUGGGUGUCCCCCCACCAGUGCCAUCGUCAUCAUCGUCACAGAUACCACCUGUCCAAGUGCUUUACCUGACGAUGUGCUACAAGAAGCUGUGCUGUCACCAUUAACACUGGAAUCUACCCUACAUAAGGUGGGAAGGGAAGGUUGGAUGGGGAGAAGGGAGGUGGGGCCGUUUGGGUCUCUGGGAGUGGGGACAAGGCCAGAGAGGGUGUGAUGGGCAGAGGAAGACUCUAGCUCCAGCCACCUUGCAGUUUUGCAGAGGGCUUGAGCAGAUUCCCCACCUGAAGACUGAUGGAAAACAAACCCCAGGGCUCCCCAGGGUUUGCUGGGCUGCCUGGGAAGAUGUCUGUGAUCCUUUAGAAAGUCAGCGCUGAAGCUCACGUGUCAGGACGUGGACCUGAAGCCAGUGUGUCUAUAAGCAACUGCCCUACACAGAUUCCUCCUAAUCAGAUUUCUGUUUCCAUCUGCUCAGAAGGGCCAGACCUGGAAGCCUGUGCGGGUGGAAGGAGGGGAGAGGGUGUGUGUUCAUGGCUAAAAUGCCACAAUCUCCAUGACAGCUGUGUGCCAAAACCCUGAGGCUAGGGCCCUGUGACCAGCAGUACCCCAUCCCCUCUGCACUGUCCCCCUGCCACACGCAUUAUGGAGUGUCUGGCUGUCUCAGGGAGGAACACAACAUAUUCCCUGAGGUCUCAGAUACAACAGAACAAACACAACAGAGACACACUCUCUGGUAGCUCUUAGCCAAAGGCGGGGGGUUAAGUUCUUCUUUGGUUUCAAUAGCUCCUAUGACAAGGAGAACAGAGGUGGCCUCUGAUUUCCAUGUCUGCUCUGCUUUCAGAUGUCCCACCUCACCCACCCAGAGAGUGACAUGUAGUGCGUGGACCACCUUUUGUUUAGUUCGGGAAGGCUGGGUAAAGCCUUAUGUCUCCUGCAAUUUUGUGCCUGACCAUGUUGAAGUAUCCUUCCCACUCCCCAACACACACACACACACAGGUUUCUCCUGUUCAGUUUUUCAGCAAAGCUUCUUGCUGCCAGCACCAUCCCCUAAUAAGGUCUCUGGAGAGUGGCAGGGAGGGGCUAUGGGGUCCUUCAUCCUCUUCCUUUUGUUCAAACACAAGGGACUUGGCAAGACGUCACAGGCAUAACCACUGUUCUGAUGUCUGAUUCUGAUGCCCAUCUGGUUCUGAGGCCAAGAACAGACCCACCCACCUCUACAGAAGUGCCAGGCCUGCAGACUUUCUGGUCAGAUGGCUGGGGCUGCUCUCAGCUCCCAGGGCAUGCCCUUGAAGGCCUGAGAUUCAAGUUCCUCAGCACCAAGAGGCUAAGUGGGCUUAGCCCUGUGGAGGAACCAUAGGCCAGAAGUAGAAAUUGGCACCAAGGGAACAUUUCUGGACUCUUCCAAAGGGGACCAGGCAGAACCACUUCCUCAAUUUCCCUUCCCUUGUCUUCAAUCUACAAGAGGUUGAUUUACCCUGUGUUUCUUAACCCUUCCAUCAGGGGUGCCCAGAGGCAGGUAGCUCAAACUGGAUGUGCCCCAGGGAGGCAUGGUUACUGUGGUUCCAUGGCUAUACUUGACUUUAGGCAUCCCCUACCCAGAUACUUCUGGAAGGCCUCCAAUGACCUGGGGAGGUCCCCUUCCUCUUCCUGGAGGAGGAAGUGACCAGAUUUGAAGGUUCCAGAAAUAGCUACACAGUCAAGAAGCCCACCCAAUCCCAGCCCAGAAUCUCACUGGGUCAAUGGGAUUGGUUAAACCCUCCAUACCUCCUCAUUCUACCGUAUUUCCCUCUAUUUUGACCUUAAACACUGGUGUUUCCAUUGGCAGGGACUGGGAUGAGCUGAGGGCAGUACUAUUUACUAUCAAGAAUUGUAUUUUUGUAUUGUCUUCUCUUUUAUGUCAAGUCUGCGUGUGUUGACUGUGCAAUGGAUUUAUGUAGCAAACUUAAGUCUGCAAAUAAAGCAAAGUAACCAGCCAUAGCAGGAGUAUUCUGUCGUCCUCAUGGGGGAGGAAUGUCUUCCAAAACCGGGGGGGAAUCUAGAGGGCCCUUGAAAUACCCAAAGGAGUGAGGAAGGUCCAGAAAUUGACCUUCUCAGCAAAAACACAAGCAGAGCAAUUGGGAGAUUUGCACUUAAUCACUAAGCAGUGGCCCAGAAGGAUGGAGCCUGCCAGCAAAGGAGGGUCUUCUCACCUUCCUAUUGAGAUUCAUGGAGUAUCACUCAGAUCCUCAGCAUGGUGUUGUUGAAAGUCUACUCUGGGCCUUCACUGGCCUCCUCCCUUUUGAGGACAGAGCCCAGUUUCAUGGUCUGGAGACUUAUCAUUUCCUCUGUCCUUGGCCACAUGACCCCUUGUACCUGUUGAGUACCUGCUCUCACGGCAAUGGGGGGCUCAGCCAGACCAUCCUCUUCUAACUAGACUAGAAGAUUCCCAAAGUAGACAGGCUUAUUGUAAUUGUCUCCAGGGGCUGUCCUUAGUGGUUGAGUUUUGUUUAGAGAGGCCUACAUUUUUUUUUUUCAGAUUUUUUUUUUUUUAUUGUUGGGGAUUCAUUGAGGGUACAUAAACCAGAUUACAC